AUAAAGGUUGCCUCUCAGAAGGAGCACAAGCUCAACGGGAAAGCAAUUGACCCCAAAAUGGCAAAGGCCAUGAAGAGUGAUGAGCCUGUGAAGAAGAUAUUUGUUGGUGGUCUGUCUCCAGACACUCCUGAAGAGGAAGUCAGAGAGCAUUUUGAUACCUUCGGAGAGGUGGAGUCUAUUGAAUUUCCCAUGGAGAACAAAACUAACAAAAGGAGGGGCUUCUGCUUCAUCACAUUCAAAGAUAAUGCGUCAGUUAAGAGAACCAUAAAGAAAAAGUAUCACAAUAUCGGACUCAGCAAGUGUGAGGUAAAGAUGGCUGUGUCAAAGGAGAAAUACGAGCAGCAGCAGAACUGGGGAGGCAGAGGUGGAAACUCGUCCAGGUCUAGAGGAAGAGGUGGUCCAAACCAGGACUGGAACCAGGGUUAUGGUAACUACUGGAAUCAAGGCUAUGGGAAUUACGACAGUUAUGGUUACGGUAAUCAAGGAUAUGAGGGCUAUGGCGACUAUGAUUACUCUGGUUACAACAAUUAUUACGGAUAUACAGACUACAGCGCUGAUGAAUCUGGGGGCUAUAGCAAAUCGCCAAGGCGUGGUGGUCACACCAACAGCUACAAGCCAUAUUAAAGAAGUUGACCCUCAACUUGAAGUAGGUUUCAGAGUGAUCAGAUUUGCUGUUCGCUGGUGGAGCUUUGGGCAAAGACAUGAUCAGCAAAGAUCACAGAUAGUUUUAAGAAUGCAAAAAACACCGACAGUACAUUUUCUGUGUAUUCACCCAAGUAUUUUGGUGUUUUGUAUUGUUUAGAUUAGCAUUUCCAGCUUGUUUUUUUGUAUUUAUCUCAAAUACUGCUUGUGAAUUGCUUCAUUUAUUCCCCAGCUGACUUGUAUUGAUUAAACAAAUCACUCGUGUGUUCAGUGCUGUGGCAGUUGAGCCUUUUAUUGUGCUCAUCAGUCACAUGUUUUACUACAGUCAUAAACAUACAUUAUAUGUACAUGGUGUACUGGACAGUGAAAAAGUAUAGAAUAAAAUAAAACAUUUGUGGA